CGCGGUGUCCUCGCGACGGCUGAAGAGGCAGCUUGUAACGCCGACGCGCUGUCCCGAGCAGUUUACGAGCGGUACGGUGAUAAGGAGCGGAUCAUGGCAUAAACAUGGCCCACAACAGAAGCGUUUUCCUUGAAGCCCUGGAUAGAUCAGAGACCAGGCGAGAUGGAGGGUUCAAGCACAGCUGGAGCUUCUCUCUUCCUGGUGACAGUGAAGAGGAAGAGAGACACGAUGCAAGUGUGGUGAGCGUGGAGGACAUGGACCGGCAGCAGGCCCUCUCCACGGAGGAGGAAAAGUCUCCAUCUCUCAGGCAGUUCUCUGCUUCUGAUUCCUUGAGAACGUAUGAAAACCGGCCAAACAACCACAUGAGGCCUCUGAACAAGCUGGCUCCCAAAAGGCUUGGCGAAGCCCCGCUCACGCUACCCACGUCCUCCCUCACGCCCAACAGAACCAACUACUUGAUCUUCAGCCCUGCACAUUCACAAGGAAUCGUCUUACAAGGACGGCACUUUCAGCACGCACAAGUGCCCUCAACAAUACGAAAAUCAGUCCAAAGAAACGACUUCUCCGGCACACAGCAGGCUGUGGAAGUGGACAGCAUCGUCCUCACCUGUCCAGAGGUCCAAGAGGAGGGAAACCUGAACAUUAAACGUCGCGUCCUACAGAAGAGGAGACCGUUGGACGAUGUCUGUAGUUAUUCACCGCAGGUCAAAGCCGGCGAGCUCCUGCGGCCGACUGUCUACCACUCUGUGUGCCUGAAGUGCAACAAGCCAAGCGAGGACAGCAGCAAGUGUCAGAUCUGUGGGGGGAGUACGUUGCUGCCCCCCAGUCAGCAGUCCACCUCGUCGUCCCUGAACCCCAGACCCCCCAUCAGAUCCCAGCCCUCCCCCGGACCACACAGCCUCCCUCAGAACUUUUACGGACCGGGAUCGACCAUGAGGAUGUCCCACGGAGAGACUCCGCCCAUACAGAUCACAGGCACCAGAGGGGGCCUGCUGCCUCUGAACAACGGCAGGGCUCCCCCGUUAGCCGGAACGUCGAGCUGCAGGGCUGAGACCCCGCCCAAAGGGAAGAGGGCGAUGGCAGCGCCGCAGCACAAGCUCAACGACCCCAUUGUCCUGUCCAGUGAUGAUGAGGAAGACGAGGAGGCAGACAACGCUAGCACAGGCAGUGUGAACCGGCUGGACAGCCUUUCCCCCCGACCCGCCGACUCCGCCCACUCCUCCCCGGCGCCCUCUGGAGGCCGAGUGGAGGCUGCGGUGAAGAGCGGUGCAGAGCAGGAGGAACUGAACGUGGAAUUCUUUGAAGACGUAAACAUGAAGAUCACGAUACCACGGAGAGCUCGCAUGAAGGACCAGUUUGGAAAUCAGCCGGAGCCGUUUGUACCGAGGACAAAGAAACCCAAAUCCACUUCCACCAACUGUGACAGCAUCAUCCUGGAGUGUCGGAGUGUGAGAAUAGGGACGCUGCGCAGGACGGUGACCAAGCCCGUCAUUUUUUCCAUCGACAACAUUCUGCUGGAAACUCAAGUUGAUGCAAAGACCAGCUGCGUAGAGAAAGUCUGUCUUCGGACGUCGGAGCUGAUCAGCUGCGAGUGGUGCAGCGUCCGGAAGCUUCCCGUUUUGUUUUUCCAGACGACUCCGGACGAGUGUGUUCGCCUGCGCACGGAGCUCAACAUGUCCCGGGACACGGAAGGACAGUGGUUCGACUGUGCUGAAGAGCCAGAGAUGGACGAGAAGUACAUCGUUCUGAUCUUCGAGAACGGCCUGGCCAUGAAGGAGCAGAUGAUCCUGGAGGACAUCCUGGGCGUCAUCGGCAGGACCAACAACAUCAACAACUUCCUGUCCAAGCUGACGUUCGAGGAGGCCAACAUCCGGCUGGUCAACUACAACAAGGCGGCCAAGCAGAAGGUGGAGAAGGUCACGCCAGCAUCUCCAACACUCACCCGCAUUUCCCCGGUCGGCAAGGUGACGCAGGUUUCCACGGUGAUGCCCGUCAGCGUGUGUGUACGCACACGGAUGGCCACACGCCAGCAAACCAGCUCGUACUUUGAGGGCGACGAUGAGGACAUGACGGACCUCCAGCCCACCUUCUCCGGACCAAUCGUGAAGUUGAUGGUGUACCCGCCCCCUCCAGCCAAAGGGGGGAUAUCGGUGACUAAUGAAGACCUGCACUGCCUUAAUGACGGAGAAUUCCUAAACGACGUUAUCAUAGACUUUUAUUUAAAAUAUUUAGUUUUAGAGAAAUUGAAAAAGGAAGAUGCCCAAAGAAUCCACGUGUUCAGCUCCUUCUUCUACAAGAGGCUGAACCAGAGAGAGCGCAGGAGCGCCCCGGACACCACCAACCUGCCAAUCCAGAAGAGGAAGCACAACAGGGUGAAGACGUGGACUCGGCACGUGGAUCUGUUCCAGAAGGAUUUCAUCUUCGUUCCCAUCAACGAGUCAGCUCACUGGUACCUGGCGGUCAUCUGCUUCCCAGGCCUCGAGGGUCCAGUGUUCGAGAACAACCCCCAGUAUGUGGGUCCGGUACCGGUCUCCAACUCGGCUGCAGAGUUCCAGUCGGAGGAGAACAUUCCGGACCACUGCCGUCCUCUGUCCCCGGACGGAGACGGGCUGGACAGCUCCUCGGAGCAGCUGUCCCCUGCGGUGCCAGAGGGGUCUGCAGAGGGUCUGGCUGACUGUGACCCCUCUGAGGAGGGCCAGGAGCUGCUGGGCAACGAGCAGGCCGACCUUGAGCAGCACUUCACCAGCGAGCUGCACAGAAUCAGUGUGUGCUACAGUUCAGCGAAGGGCGAUGAGGACACCUACACCUUCUCUGAUGACCAAAGCUCCUCUCAGGACGAGUGCAGCGAGGACGGGACUCUGGCCGAAGAUGCCGGCGGCUCCGACGUCUGCAGUUUGGCCUCCAAAACAGCCGUCUGCAGGCAGCCGUGUAUUCUCAUCAUGGACUCGCUGCGUGGCCCGGCCAGGUCCACCGUGGUGAAAACCCUCCGAGAAUACCUGGAGGUGGAGUGGGAGGUGCGUAAAGGCAGCCAGCGGAGCUUUGGGAAGGAAGUGAUGAGGGGCUCCAGCCCACGUGUCCCUCAGCAGGACAACUUCAGCGACUGUGGAGUUUACGUCCUGCAGUAUGUGGAGAGCUUCUUUGAGAACCCGAUUCCCAGCUUCCACCUCCCGUUGAACUUGUCGGAGUGGUUUCCUACGCCGAGGAUGAAGACGAAGCGCGAGGAGAUCCGAGAGCUGAUUCUGAAGAUCCAGACGCAGCAAGACCUGGACAAGAAGGAGGCGGACCAGGAGGAGGCUCCACCGGACUCGCCGGAAGAGCCCGAGGUUGAAGAGACGUCGGGGUUGAUGGACAGAACCCCAAACCUUCCCAUUAGACCCUGAUCCCCCUCCUCCUCUGAAUGAGCCGGAUCAUUCGCUGCUGGUUUCACGUCACCAUCUCAGACGAUCUUCAUCUCCUUCCUUCAGGCCGCGCCUUUAACUUUGUAUGAAAACAGGAGACGUGUAAAUAUGCCGGAGUUUUCCGCUGCCUUUGUAAUUAACUGUUUUAUGACUCAUUCUUGAAGUGGCCCAUUAAGUUAUGUUUUCCUAGAUGUUCUUCUCUCCAGGAGGAUCUGUGCAGAAGAUACUGUUUGGCUCUUGCAUCCUUCAUUUUUAUGCUUCAAGUUGUUUAGAUGAAUAAAACUAAGAACGUU